ACACUCGUGUCGAUUUGCGUCACCAAAUGAAAAGUACUCAUACUACUGUUUACUGUCUACACGUUAACUUCAGUGUGACGCACACACGCAUACGCAUAUAAGACCGAAAAGCGCGUAGAGGUGUAGAGCGCGGUGCGCCCCUGGCGGCGGACCGUGCAAGUGAUCCUCGCGGAAAUAAUUAUCACGAUUUAUGUUAUUUGCAAAUGUGAUCCGGGGGUUUAAUUAAUUAGGCGAUGCCGAGUGGUGGCGACUGAGACGGCGACGGACGGGCUCCUGGGGACUACCCGGUUACGCCGUGAGUGGAGUAGAGCAGCAGCGGCCGCGGCACGGGAAUGGACCUGGCAGAAACUAUGAAGAACAUUGUUGCCAAAGGUAUGCAAACCGAAAUGGGUCCACCGGGUGGAGGAUCGGGUUACUCCGCGAGCAGCGCUGGUUAUGUCACAGAGAAGAUGUACAUGUUGUUACAAGCGUAUUUGCAAAAUAAAGGCUGGAAUCCUAGUAUCGAGCUACUGCAAUGCUUCUCGGAAUUUAAGGAUGCUUCUAUGAUGCCUAGCGCCGCCUAUUUACAGAUGAUGGCAUCUAGAGUUGCACUAGAUUCACAGGGAAGAUUAGUCCUUAGAGAGAAUGGCAAAAUAAUACUACCCUAUGAACACUUUGCCAAUGCCGUAAUGUUGAAACACAUGAAUGGACCACACGGCUUACACUUGGGCUUAGAAGGUACAGUCAGAGCAGUCAUGGAAUCUUACACCAUUGGAAGAGAGUGCUUCGGGAUGGAGAAAGAGUUUAUCAUAGAAGUCGUGCAAAACUGUCCCAAUCCUGCUUGUCGUUACUACAAAAAUCAGCUGGAGCUCACUCAGAAGAUGGGUCACAUGGCACCAACUUAUAUUCAAGAAAAUGAAGCGACUGCGUCUCUUCUACGUACUGGUUUUCCACAUAGCACAGAUUUCCAGAGCCUAAGCAGCGCUAAUCCGAACACACAUUUGGGAGGAGGAUCCGCGGCGGAUUUAUCGGAGAUGAGGAGUGCUGGCAACCAAAUGAAUCUUCAACGUCCCCCAAGCCGUCCGUCAUUAAAUAUUCCGCAUCGGCCUGUAUCACAAGAGAAGAAAGUGCCAUCCGGCAAGCAGCAUUAUGAAUCUCUAAUACCUAAUAUACCAAUCUCCGAUCAUAAGUUGACGGACUUUUUACGUACCAAUCUGGAUAACUUGGACAAUCUCACUUCUCUCGGUUUAGGAAACUUACAAGGAUUAGGAAACGCCAACAAGGACUUGUUAGCGCUACACAACGGUGCAUGGCCUUUAGAAAGUGAAAAGGGAUCCCGAUCAUCAUCUUCGAAUUCAGAAGGUGGUCAAGAGAAGAUUGUGCGCGCUUUCGCAGAAGUGAUGAAAAACAUGGCAAGAAUGAAAGCUUGCGUACGACCGGCAAUGUGCAAGCCGUACGGCAAACAAUCCGAGGCUCUGCAAAAAACAUUGGUCGAUACCAUACAGCUUGUACAAUCAUUGAGAAGCUUCUUGCCGCCUCCACAUAUUCCAGUUUCGAGCUGGAAAAACGAAGAUAAACACCGAUUAGAUCACACCGGUACCCCUUACCUGUCAACGUUAAAGGCUAGCGGGAUGGAAGAAUUAUGCGAGCAGCGUAAGUUAGACUAACCGUCGUCUUCGCUUUACUCGCGACAGACCAAGUUUCGUCUUUUUGCGCUCUAUGAUGUUCUAGUCACAAGAUGUUUAUUAAUUAGCUGGGUGUUUCGUAUCUAAACAACCCGAUGGAUUGCUCAAAAAAGUUGUUGGCGUUUAGGACUUCAAAUACUAAGAGACAAAAUGAGUCAUGCGUGGACUGUGAUAAAAGUGGGUAGCGAGAAACAAAAAAAAGA